AAUCUGAUCAGCUGAUCUGGCAACAAAAUAACGCCACAUAGAUCUGCCAGGGAGGGGGCCGACGAACAAAACAAUGACAGUGCUCGGGAAGACACCAAGGCAAUAACCUAUUUAAAACACUUCUCGGCCGUAACCGUGCAUAUUUAUCCGCGUUCUGCCGCCAGAUCUCAGGACAUCCGCUGGUCUCCGGAGCUUUGACAGCGGCUGGUGUUGUUGUUGUUGUGGUUGUAAGUUCACCGAGGAGCCCGGUUACCAAACAAGGAGCCUCCGACUGCUUCUGCACGACCACCGCUUGUUUAUACUCACUGGCUGGUGUAUUUUUUCAUUGGCCCUUUGCCCAUUGAUGCUUACUUUGGGUUUAUUUCCCGAUAUGCGAAAUAAUCUGGGGAUCAACGAGCUAGUGAAAGUCCACUUCCUAGCUAGCCGUGACUAGCUACGUCUGUUUGCACAGUGUUAUCUCAGUGGGGGGUUCAUUGUCUUGUUGUUGUGCUGGUGUCUCAACUACUCUUUCGAAAUCGGUCAUUUUACUACUUCUUUCUUUUAAAGCAAGCAUCGUGUUUUCCACGAUGUUCUGUACACAGUUUGUGUUUACUACUUGAAAUCUAGCGACGAAAUCCUCGCCUGCUCCCAGCUGAGCGAACAUUGUAGCUUGACGUUUGAUUGUGUCCUUAUCGUCCACUAUAUAUGUGCACCUGCUCACCAAGUCUUUUUUUAAAUCACUCCUUUCCGUUGAAAUAUAUGUAAACAGCCUCAUGAGCAAGUUGCACUGACCCACAUUGCUAGAGGUCAAAUGGAGCAUUGUUUCAAUACAGUUUAAUUUCUGCCACAUACACAUUGUUUUUCCAUGGGCUACUCUUGAGUUAUAUGCCAUUUUUUGUUUUUGCUCUUGACUGCCAGUGGAAUCUGUCGGAAGUCUUCCUCCAAGCUGUUCCAGUUAGUAGUACAUUGUGUCCCGGUUAACCUCGUGAGAAAUGAUGAGUGGCCAUGGCUCUUCUACAGAAAAGGGAGUCAAUAGUACUAAUCUAAUAUGUCAAGAAAGCUAUGCCUGCGGUGGCUCUGACGAGGCUGCGUUUGAAUGUAAUGAGUGCCAAAAGUUGCAAUGCGUCCAAUGUGAGGCAGGGCUCCAUAGUCAAGAACAUCUGAAGGGCCACGAGCGCCUGCCCAUAGGCCCGGGACACAUCCCGUACUGUGACAGUUGCAGAGGGAGUAACGGGAGUUCUGAAACGAAAAACAGAUCUGUCAUCCGCUGCCUCACCUGCAAAGUGAACUUGUGUCAAGACUGUCAGAAACGCACCCACAGCGGUGGAAACAAAAGGAAACACCCAGUUACAGCCUACCCUAAACUUGCUUUGGACAACUCGGUGCAGACCCCUGCUCAGACACCUGCUGCUCCCCCUGCUCAGACCUCUGCUCAACGCCCCGCUCAGCCCCCUGCUCAGCGCCCCGCUCAGACUCCUGCUCAAUCCACUGCUCAACCUCCUGGCCAGACCCCCAUCCGAACAGACAAUGACAACAAAGCUCAGGCAGCAAGACUUCUGGAGAAUGUGGCCAGUUUCCUUCUUGUGGAUGAAAAUGAGGAGAUGCAGAUAAAGGAUGAAGCUGCGUUCGUGAAGAAGCUGGGCUGCGAGCGGGACCGUCUGCUGAAGGUGGUGUCCAUCUUUGGCAACACCGGGGAGGGGAAAUCCCACACGCUGAACCACACCUUCUUCAUGGGGAAGGAGGUGUUCAAGACCUCCCCGGCCCAGGAGUCGUGCACGGUGGGCGUGUGGGCGGCGUUCGACCCCGUGCGCAAGGUGGUGGUGAUCGACACGGAGGGCCUGCUGGGGAACAGCUCCAAGCAGGGCCAGAGGACCCGCCUACUGCUCAAGGUGCUGGCCAUCUCGGACCUCAUCGUGUACCGCACGCACGCCGACCGCCUCCACGACGACCUCUUCAAGUUCCUGGGCGACGCCUCCGACGCCUACCUGAAGCACUUCACCAAGGAGCUGAAGGCCUCCAUCGCCCGCUGCGGCCUGGACGUCCCGCUGUCCAGCAUCGGCCCCGCGGUGGUCAUCUUCCACGAGACCGUCCACACCAAGCUGCUCGGUUCAGGUAAGACAUCGGAGCCGGUCGACAGGCUCCUGCUGGAGCGCUUCAGGAAGCUGGGUCGCUUCCCAGAAGCCUUCAGCUCUGUCCAGUACCGAGGCACCCAGACCCUCAGCCCCCCCACUGACUUCAGCGGCCUGAAGGCGAGCCUGGAGCAGCUCUUGGACAACAACGCCACCCGUUCCCCUCGCACCCCCGUGGUUAUCUUCAAAGCCCUGCAGGCCCUCAGCGAUCGCUUCUGCGGCGAGAUAUCAGACGAGCUGGUGGCCCACGGCUGCUUCUUCCCUGAUGAGUACUUCACCUGCUCCUCUCUCUGCCUCGGUUGCGGAUGUGGCUGCAAGAACAGUAUGAACCACCUGGGGGAGGGAGUGUGCCACGAAGCCAAGCAUCGCUGUCGCUACUCGCCCCAGUACGACAACCGCAUCUACACAUGCAAGGCUUGUUAUGAAAGGGGACAGGAAGUGAUGGUGGUUCCCAAGACCUCUGCGUCCUGUGACUCUCCGUGGCUGGGUUUGGCCAAAUACGCCUGGUCUGGGUAUGUGAUUGAAUGCCCCACCUGUGGAGUCAUCUAUCGUAGCCGCCAGUACUGGUACGGAAACCAGGACCCCGUGGACACCGUGGUCCGUACCGAGAUCCAGCACAUAUGGCCCGGGUCGGACGGCUUCCUGAAGGACAACAGCAACGCGGCGCAGCGGCUUCUGGACGGGGUCAACCUGGUGGCUCAGUCGGUGUCGGAGCUCAGCGUCAAGCCCGCCAAGGCCGUCACCUCCUGGCUGACGGACCAGAUCGCCCCGGCCUACUGGAAACCCAACUCCCUCAUCCUGACGUGCCACAGAUGUCAGACGGUCUUCCAGGACAAUGACAACAAGCAUCACUGCCGUGCCUGCGGGGAGGGCUUCUGCGAUGGCUGCUCCUCCAGAGCCACGCCCAUCCCAGAGAGGGGCUGGGGCCCCGCCCCGGUCAGGGUCUGCGACCUGUGCUUCGAGCAGCGGGCGUCCCACGCAGACUUGCUGGAGGAGGAGGAGGAGGGAGGAACGCUGGCCAGGAAGGUGGGGGAGGUGGUGACUAACACUCUGGGGGCAGUGGCCACCGCCAUCGACAUCCCUCUUGGUCUGGUGAAGGACGCGGCCCGGCCCGCCUACUGGGUGCCCGACCAGGACAUCCUGUGCUGCCACAGCUGCCGGCGCGAGUUCAGCGCCAAGCUGUCCAAGCAUCACUGCCGCGCCUGCGGGCAGGGCGUGUGUGACGACUGCUCCCCGGAGCGCCGCCCCGUGCCCUCACGAGGCUGGGACCACCCCGUGCGUGUGUGCACUCCCUGUGACCGGAAGCCCGGGGAGCUUUAACAGCGAGCGCAUCAGGGAGAGAGGGAGAGAGAACCCCAGCUCCGUCCAUCAGAAAUCCGUUUCUGGUGCCAUAGUUGAUGGUUCUCACCUGUUUCUGUGGAAAGGUAGCCUUUCUUCUGUCAAAUGUAGGACAUUUAACUUGUGUCGAUAGGAUUCGGGAGUUCCUGUGGCCUUGUACAGCAGCGGGAACGAGCAUUACUUGACUUGAGUGGGGAAGCUGUAAUUCCACUCUAAUUAUUGACUAGCUAUUAUUACAUUUCUGACAAAAAAAACACUAGUUUUUAGUUUCAAUACACCUAUUGGUAUAUUUUUCUAUUAUAGGGGAUAAUAGUAUAAUUUCAACACUAUUGGUUGGAAUACGUUGUGUGCUCUUAUUAUUGGAGAUUGUUACCAUAAUGGGGAAUGACGGGUUACGGUGAAGGGAUGAGUGAUUUUUUUUUUUUAUCCGUACAAAUGCAGGUUCAUUGCAUGCUCUAUUGCAACCUUGUUUCGUGUUAUUUGCACCCAACCUUUUAUUUCAGCUAAUAAUAAGCUGUCACUUACUGUGGCCAACAACCAGGUGCCCAGUUGAUCGAGCAUCGUACGUGUGCCGCAAAAGGCUUUGAAAUCUAGAUCACUGCUGUGGUUUACUGGUUUGCCAAAAAAAAAAUCAAAAAAAAAACCAUUCAGGUUAAGUGUGACUGUGCUGGUGUAUUUUAUACUUUUACCCUGCAGUCUUGGUUGUAUGGAGACGUAUGGAUAGUUGUUUUUAAGAGUACAUUUUAGAUGAGGGACAUUUUCUGUGUUGAAGAUAUAUAUAUAUAUAUGUAUGAAAAAAUAACACUUGCUUUUGGCGUGCAUGCUGGUCCGCGAGUUCCAUCCGGUUUUCGUCAUUCAGCAAAUCGUCUUUUAAAACCAAUAGCUAUAUAAUGUCUGCCUCAUUACACUUGGUCUGAGUUGCCUUUUAAGCAUCUACAGUGAAUUCCAAAAAACUUACACAAAUCUCAUUAUAAUACAUGCCCUACUCAUAUAGAAAUAAUGCAAAAUAACUGAAGUCCAAAACAGUUGGUAUUGACUUUAAAGUAAAAAAUACUCACUUUUUGGUUUUGUCUACCUUUUGCCUUAAUCAUACCUUUCACUGUGUCACGUGCAAUCACAUUGUUCCAGCUGUGUGUUAGAAACCCAAGUAUCUUGUACUGUUACAGUGUGUUUUCACUGUCUCAAAUGUUCCUUGUCAUAUGCAAAGUGUUUUGAAGUAGGGAUUGGGGGGGUAUCUUUGUAGGUAGAAAGCCAUGCAGCUGAUCCCUCUGAGCUCUUACACCCAAAACAGGGCUUGUCUCUUCUGUUAAAGAUCCGACAACUUAGGCAAAACAGAACUCCCUAAACCCUGAUUCAAGUUUUGCUCAACCAGUGUAUCUUUCAUUGCUGCACCCAAAUAGUGACUCAAAAAGCACCGUAACAGUAAAGCCACUAUUUUGGUAUUUACUGUUGAAAAAAAAAAACACAAAACAAAUCACACCGUGUAUUUAUGUCAACAUCGGGAUGAAAAAAAAUUGUGAGCGAGAUCUAAAUGUUAGUCGUCUGUUUCUCUAUACCCUUGUCAUGCUUAAACAUCCACACAGUAUAUCAUUGACGUGGUUUUUGCUGAACCUCCUCAACACACGCUGCUGCUCAAGUAGACUCAGUGUCUUGGCCCUUUCUGUGGGCCUUUUUUGUAAUAAAAUAUAAGAGAAUGUUUUAUGUUCGACAUUUCGUGGCUGAAAAAAACUUCACCAUAGUGUACAACAGCCACGUUCUUCUGCCAGUACCCAUCACAAGCAUGGCUCAAGGUUUCUGCAGAACAGAACAGACGGGCACGACUUUGGAGGGACAUUUGUAGCUUUUAAUUUGUUCCGUUAUAUCCUAUGUUGAAUUGUGUUAAUUGAUUUAUGAAGCCAGUUUGUAAAGUACAUUUCUUUUUGUAUUUUGUUAAUCACUUUACUUUACUUUAUUUCUAAUUCAUUGUAAUGUUAUUGAGAAAGCUCUCUUUUCCAUGUUCAUGUUUGUUUUCACUCAUAUCUCGUAGAACCAGAAGCCCAAACCAUUUAUUUGAAUGUACUUGGUGACUCAGAGCUUGAACAAUCUACUUUGACGAUAACUUAUUAAAUAUGGAGAUCAUUUCACUUGGA